UCGAGUUUGCAAACUCGCGUCCAUGACCUCGAGUUUGUAAACUCGCGUCCAUGACUUUGAGUUUGUAAACUCGCGCUCAUGAGCUCGAGUUUGUAAACUCGCGCUCAUGGCCUCGAGUUUGUUAACUCGCGCGCAUGGGCCCGAGUUUGUAAACUCGUGUCCAUGACCUCGAGUUUUAUAACUUGGUGCCAGAACUCGUUUCCUCAUCUCUGAGAUCAUCAAUCCCAAGGGGAAACUCAUUUUUUUUGCUAACGUGUGCUAUUCUUUCAGCUCAAUAUGUCAGGCACUCAACAAGAUACCCCCCAGGAAGAUGCACUCUACACACAGCUGUUCCCCAAAUACAAGUGGGUUCGACUACAGGACAACAACUAUCAACUCGACCUAGCCGUCUUCAGGUGCCCUGACCCAGUCAUCCCUAUCAUCCUUAAGGGGCACUACAUCUGGCCAGCACUCACCAAAGUUAUCACGGUCCCCGAAAUCUACCUGCAACAGCUAUGGGGGACCAUGCACAUGCCUUCCAAGAACGACGCAUCCAGUAUCAGUGCCACGCUCCACAACAGACGGCUGGCAUUAACAGCGUCCACUCUACGAACCACACUGGAGCUGCCUGUGCACGACACCUAUGAACCGCUACCCUCAAAGGCUGAACUGAUGCAAGGAUUGGCGCAAUUGGGAUAUGAUGCACCACUGUCGUUCCUGUCUCACUUCAAGUUGAUGAACCUGCCAUACCCAUGGAAGACAUUGUUUGGCCUCGUCAACAAGUGCCUAUCUCCAAAGCACGCUGGCCAUGACAAAUGCAACUUGCAAAUUUUCCAAAUCUUCCAUGGAAUCGUGUUCGCCAAAAACUAUGACAUGGCACAGCUGUUCUGGAUCGAGCUGGUGACUCAAGUCCAGGACAAAGAGGACGGAAAGACGGGCAUGACUAUUCCCUACGCCAGGUGGUUGGCGCUCAUCAUUGCCGAAUACAUGACCGCUCACCCAGGGAUUCCACAGCGCAGAGAUGAAGAUCAGUUCACUGCCCCCAAGCUCCAGUACUUCAAGCGCUUCAAGCAUGACACUGUGGGGAUGACAAUACCAGACUAUCUGCUGGACUUGGGCAAUCCACGACACUCCGCAGUAGUCAAAUAUAGAGAGAGUUUACCGGAAGAUGGCCCCACGGUUCAGCAAAACCCAGCUGGACCUGCCCCGGGGCCUAAGCCGAGAGCAAGUAAGGGUCCAACGAGAGCCCGUAAGCCACAGAAACCAGUGGUGCGUGUGCCCCAUGAAGGGAAGUCUGACGAUUCUCUCGAGAGGAAUCAGACGGCUGAGGGCACACGUACAAACGCUGCGGAACCUGCCAAUGAACCGUCCAGCCCGGCCAAUAAAAAGGCUGACGAUGAGGCAUCCAAUAGCGUGGCCAAAGAUGAUGACGAUGCUGACGAUGAUGAUGACAACGAUGACAUUGACGACGUGGAGCACACCUUUGCUCUAAUCCAAAAGGGGAAGCUGCCACUUGAUUCUCCUCCAAAGAAAGUCACCCCUGAGGAUGCAGCUCCAUUUAUAGCUGUACGCCCCAAGACCAUCGUCAUCAAACCAGUGAAGGAGCCCGUUACAGCUAAGAUUGCUGCUCCCCGUUCACCUAAGGCAAAGAAGCAGCGUCCUGUCAGAAAAAGUUUGGUCGCUGAAGAGGACCUACACAUCUUUGACGACUGUCUUCCCUUCAUCACUAUAAGCCGGGCCGAAUCUUUAAGUACAGGGGCCAAUCUUGUUGGUCCCCGGGUAGAAGCCGCAGCAUCAGGCUCAACUGCGCAUGCACCGCCCUCUCCCAGCCACUCGUUAGCCUCCCAAAAGGCUAACGUUUCAACAUCACGGGACUCACCCACCUCACUGGUUCCCUCUGAACCAGUUGAGCGCUCUAGUGGCCCACCGCCCGAGGCCACAACCCCCUCUUUCUCCACAUCGAGUCUAGGUGUCACAUUCCCCACAUUUUCCAAUUUUUCUAGGACACCUACACCAUUCACAGCACAUACAGGUGCACACACCCUGGAUACAACGACCGGAGUGCAAACAAUGAUGGUCGGAAGCCCUGCUGUGCCAAAAAUGACUUCAUCUUUGAACGCAGGUCACACAUCAGCUCUCUUCACUGAUGCUGUGACAACAGUUACAACCCCCGUAACUGGACCCCUUACACCCGAAGACGUUACCGUUCUCAUGAACCGCUACAUGGAGUCCACCAUCAAACCAUGGGUGCAACAAGCAUUCACCGCUUGGGCACAGGACUCCAAGACAACCCCAGCAGUUCAUAGUGAACAGAGCCACCCCAAACGUCACUCUUCACCCUCUCAAUCAAUUCCACAACCCACUCCUGUCAUCCCUAUCACCUCCACCAAACCCCUUAGCCCUUCACCCUCUCGGGGAACCCACGAUACAGAACUAGUAUCGCCCUCUGCCUCGACCAAUCCCUUCCACCUAUCCCGUCUUGAGCUUGCCGAUCUCCUGUUUCUUCGGUAGCUGGAGGUCGACACUUGCAACCUUACACCCUUCGAGUGUGACCUUCUCCAAGUUUUCCUCAACCACGACCGCCCUCAAUACGGCACUUGCCGUGACAGUCCUCGAGGCCUCAAACGUUCCCAUGAGGAUCCCGAUGAUUCGGAACCUCAUGAGGGGGAGAACAAGAGACCUCGGACACUUGAGCAAGCAGCCUCUACCAGCCAUGAACCCCAGCCAAACACCUCAUCAAACCAGCCCACCAACCAACCACCACCUUCCUCGAGCCACAACCAAGCCCAACUCUCUAGCCUGGUCGAGCUAGAUGAAACAUCCCGAGGCUUAUCUCCUAGAGAUACUGUCCGAGGAGGGGAUGGAAGUCCUGUAGUGGUUACCUCUGGUACAUCACAAAGCUCAGGCCAUCGAUCAGAACACAGUUCGAAAUCGAUGACAACAUCCUGAGGCGUGUCUCCAAAGGAUACCGUCCGAGGAGGGGAUGGAAGUCCUGACGAUGCUAUCUCUGAUUCAUCUGUCAAGUCAGGCCAUCAGCCAGAUCUCAGUUCUAACCUGAUGACAACGGGCAAUCCUAGUGAACCCGGUUGUGCUUCACGAGAAAGAUCACCGCAGCUGAGAGUCCCUUACAUUCCCCAAGGCAAAGAUAUUCAUGAUGCACUCGAGGAUGCUGUGGUACAUGACGUUUGGCCGAGAAAGUGGACAGAGUGGGAUGAUCUUAGAUGCGAAGCUGAGACAGAGGAUAUGCAACGAAAUUGGUGGCUGAGAGAGUUGCUGGCCAAAUGCGCAGAAGAUAUCAUACGCCUUGAUGAAGAGGAACUCAAAGAAGGGGAGGACUAUAAAAAGAUACCCAGGGAGCUAGAAUCCGUCAUAAGACAAACGGCAGGCAAGUUGCCCCCAAAAGAAAAGAUCUGGGAAAACAUCAGAAUAAAUGCCCCCUUCCAAGAGGAAAUCAGAAAGGGAAUUUGGAGAACCGCAGACAAGCUCAAACAGCUAGAUGAACUAAAGAUCCGUGGCUUGACUCACCUUAAGGGAAAACUGGCUGUCGGACAUCUUCACAUGCUGAUGCACAGAUCAUCUGGAAAACAACGACAAAUACUGGAAAGAGAUAUGAAGUCCAGCAUCCAUCCUAUUGACGCUAUCCUUGAUAUACACAGAGAAGAUCAUCACACCAUCCCGUUCUACAGCUUCAAAGUUCGACGAACAGACUCCAGCAUAUUCAUCUGCCAGGAAAAUGACUUUAUAAUGAUGAAGAUGGAGGAUAUCUACCAAAUGUUCAUGGUAAGUAGGUAUCUCUCACUGAGUCGAAACAGGACACACGAAGAAGGUUAUGAGGCGAUCAAACGGUUUAUGCUGAGACAGAUCAGAUUCUAUGCUGCCCAUGAUCUACAGAUGGCCCUGGAAAACAAUGUCCGAAAAGCAAAUCUGGUAAAGCCAACUCUGAACGGUCCAGAGCUCAAAAAGUACAGACCAUAUCAUAUCUUCAAGGACCCUGUCUCUAUCAUAUAUCUCAAUCACGAGGAACAGAAAAGACUCAUGUGGGUAGAAGACAUUCACAAAUACUGUGAUGGGACUCUGAAGAUCAUCCAGACCAAGCUGCAAGAGAUCAAAGAGAAUAUAGAUCCAAGACUUGCGGAUGCCAGCGAGGAAGAGCUCCUAGUAUACGAGAAGGUGUGGACCAUCCUAAAGCCCAUCAACGAGCAACUUGAAAAGAGAAGAAUGCUGAGACAGUAUGAGCAUGCGCUAAAUUUCAGAAAGCAUUACUUCAGAUCUCAAAAAUAAAUGCAAGACGGCACUUGAUCACAAAGGGGGAGAUUGUUGAAGACUACUUUAUUGUGAAUCAAGUUUGUCUGUUUUGUCUGUAAUAAUUUAGAUGUUUACUAUUUCUGUUCUGCACUGAUUAAAUAUAUCUGUUAGAAUAGUAUUCAAUAUGGGCCAAGUGUUAGGCCCAUACUUAGGCAAGAAGCCUUUUUAUGCAGACCUGAGCCUCGCCUAUAAAAAGGGGCGGAGGACUCAGGUUUGCGGUUAACUUUCGUAUCUGCUCAAAAUAGCCUUAGCGCUUAUCAUUCUUGUACGAAAGGUUCACGGUAUAUCAGAGAAGGUUUUCACUUGAUCUUUAUGUGUUCAUCUUUGUUGAUAAUCUUUCAUUUGUAUGCCAUAUUAUAUACUGUUGUUAUAGAAAACAGGGAUCAACAGUUGUUUUAGAUUGAAUUUGUUGUUCAUCAUCCUCCUCUUCUUCCUCUUCACUAUCAUCUGGUAGAAUAGGAAGAUUGGGAAUGUCAUGAGUGCUUGGAAGGUUGUCUUUUGG